AUGGACCAGCUGAACUGUUCUUCCCUGGGUCUGUGGAACUCUACCCCUGACCAGCUGGGCUGCCCUGAAGCUGUGCUGUGUGGGAGCAACGUCUCCUGGCCUCUGGUCAACGUUAGCCAAGACGUGCUGGAGGACUUGUGUCUAAGUAUGAGUGAUUACCUGGACAAGUAUCUAGGCCCCCUGAGGUCCCCUGUCUUCCUCCCUGUCUGUGUCACCUUCCUCAUCAUCUUCGUCGUGGGCGCGCUGGGCAAUGCCCUGACCUGCGCCGUCAUUGUGCGUUUUAGGGUGAUGAGGACGCCGACCAACUACUACCUGUUCAGCCUGGCAGUGUCGGACCUGCUGGUGCUGCUGCUGGGCAUGCCCCUGGAGCUGUACGAGAUGUGGCACAACUACCCCUUCCUCCUGGGCGAGGGCGGCUGCUACUUCAAGACCUUCCUGUUCGAGACGGUGUGCUUCGCCUCCAUCCUGAACGUGACAGCGCUUAGCGUGGAGCGCUACGUGGCCGUGGUGCACCCCCUCAAGGUCAAACACGUGGCCACGCGCGCCCACGCCAAGAGGGUCAUCCUCGCGCUGUGGGCGCUGUCCAUGAUGUGCGCCCUGCCCAACACCAGCCUCCACGGGGUGGUCCUUCUGGCCCCCAGGUUCGGCCGGGAGUUCCCAGAGUCGGCCAUCUGCAGCCUGGUGAAACCUGUCUGGGUUUACAACCUGAUCGUCCUGGUGACCACCCUGCUGUUCUUCCUGCUGCCUAUGGUGACCAUCAGCUUUCUUUACCUGCUCAUAGGCAUCCAGCUCCACAGGGAGAGGGGUCUGCAGGCGGUGGAGAUUGGACCAGGCUUGGCGACACAUGGCCACUACAGCGCCCACCAGCAGAAGCAGAGGGCAAGGCAUCGGCAGGUCACCAAGAUGCUGUGCGUACUGGUGAUUGUGUUCGGCAUCUGCUGGGCUCCCUUCCACGUCGACCGCCUCAUGUGGAGCUACAUGGAUGAGACCGUGCGGCACCACCAGAUAUUUGAGUAUGUCCACGUGGUUUCGGGAGUGCUCUUUUACCUCAACUCGGCCGUCAACCCCAUCCUCUACAACCUCAUGUCCACCCGUUUCCGGGAGAUGUUCAGGCAGGUGACCUGCCGCUCAGGCCCGUGCACACACCACGGCCACCAGAUGGCUACCCUGAGUGGCCAGCUGACCUUGCGCAGUACCCUGAGUGCAAAAAAACACAAUGGACAGAGUAGGUACAUGGACUCUCGCCGCCAGUCUAGCCCUGCUCACACUGAUACUAGUCCUGUAUAGGUACUCAGACAGUGGAGUGGAGGAUGAAGGAGAUGUCAGGUUGGCUUACUGCAAAGUUUUGACUGCAAGUUCAAUAUAUUGCUAUGUGUUUCUACCCAGCUGUAACAGUACAGUGAAACAGACACUCAAGUUUGUCACAUUGAUUAACCUGUACUGUGCAUU